AUGCGAAUUUUCUUGCUGGCUCUCUUGAUUUUAACUAGUUUUGGCCAGGAUAAUACUUUUUUGAUCAAAAAACGGAUUGAUGUUGGAGUUUUGAUGUGUAAGAAUAGUUCGAAUUUGUCGAGUUCGGUGGGCUGGCAAACAUCAGCUUCGGCGAUCACGAUUUCAAUGGAUCGAGUGAAUCGCGAAGGAUUGUUAGAUGGUGUGGAUUUGAAGUGAGUUUGUUUCUUUCUAAAAAAACCAGAUGAAAAUCAAAAAUUUUCAGCUUCAUAUUUCUAUUCGAUGAUUGCAUAGAAUCCCGUGCAGCUGGCUUGGCCUCCAAACUUUUAACCGAAUCAAAUGUCAGCGCAAUCAUCGGGCCAACUUGUAAUAAAGCAGGCCUAGCUGUGGUCAAUCUAGCGGCCUAUUAUAAUGUCCCGGUUCUAACAUGGGGUCUAACUAUCUCUUCGCAAUUUAUAAAUAUUGAACGAUUUCCGACGACUAUAACACUUGUGCCAGUUUCCAAAACGUGGGUUUUCAUUUUCAGCCUCAUCUGAAAUUACAUAAUUUCAGAGUGGCCAAUGCUGUCCAUCAAACAAUGAUCGAAUUUGGGUGGACUGAAUUCGUCUAUAUUUUCUACGAGGAUGAAAAAUGCGGGUAUUUUCGAGAGGAUUUGGAGGCCAUCACAUCGGAAUCGAAUCAUACAAGUUUGACACGGACUGUGCAGCUCUAUGAGAAUACUUAUGCUAAUUUUCAGAAACAGUUGGGAAGAUUGAAGAAUGUGACAAGAAGUGGGUUACAGAAACCUCAAAACUUUAAAAAAAAAUCACAUUUUUCUAGUCUUCACAGUUUGUUUACCGGAAGAUGGUCAAAUUAAGCGAUGGUUUAUGUUAGCCGCCUACGAUCUUCAGAUGACUAACAAUGAGUACGUGUAUCUAUUCGCCGGGCCCAAAUCAACAGCCUAUCAACAAACUUCGUCGUCUGGGGAAGUUGUGGGAGCUUGGGUUGAUUGGAGCACAACUCCAGAUGGCAGAGAUAAUGAGGCGAAGAAAGCAUUCAUGAGAACCAUGGUAAUUGUAGCCACGCCGGUUGCCAGUGAAGAGUUAGCCGAAUUCAAAAAAGAUGUGAUAGAUAAAAUGAAAUUGCCACCUUUCAAUUGCACCACUGAAUGUGAAGCUAAAGAAUAUCAGGAAGCCGCGGAAUAUGCUGAUCAAUUACAUGACACCGUAUAUUUGUAUGCGAUGAUUUUGAAUAAAACAAUCGAGGAGGAUGGAGUUGGACAAAUUGCCAACGGUAGUUUUAUGGUUGGCAAAACUGCGGGUGUGGUGUUUGAGGGAAUGUCGGGGCUGGUGAGAAUGAAUUCGGAGGGAUAUCGAUUGCCGAAUAUGAUUUUGGCGAAUCUGGAUUCGAAUGCGACGCAGAGAACUGUGGCUAGUAUGGAUAUUGAUACGGAUAGUGUGGUGAGUAGGGGGAAAACCUUGGCUGCUUAUUUCGAAUACCAGAGAUUUUUCAGUUUCAGUUCUUUCAAAAAAAAAAUUCCUAUUUUUAUUUUUCUGUCUUUGCCUUGUGUUUCUCUAUUUUCUCAUAUCGUGAAAUCUCCUGAUUUAACGGAAAAAAACCAAAUUGAAAAAAUAAACGAGAGUGUGUUGCGUCUAGAAAAGACACUCACGAAAACAAAAACAAAAACACAAUGUUGCAAACGCGCGCCAGUGAAAUGAGGCGAAUGUGCUGGAUAAAUCCGUUAGAGUCAAAAUUGCAUAAAACCAUGCGGCAGGUUGCAAACGCGCACCGCCUUUCAUUUUUGCUCAAAAUUCUUGGUUUUCUUCGUUUUGGUGGAAACUAG